AUGGAUAUGCAGGAGCUGCACUCGAGCGCUGGCUCGCUCUCACAUGCCUCGUCGCUUCUUGCUCCCGCUCUUCUUCAUCGCGCACAGUCCAUGACCUCCGAAUACGACGAACUUCAAAAGACUCUCAACGCUUCUUUCGACUCUACAAAGGCUAAGCGCGUCGGCGAGCUCUCUCGGGUUGCCGAGGCUCUGAAAGCAUGGGAAAAGUCGCAGGCUUCUGUUGCUGAGCUGACAGCCAUGCUCAAUGACCCAGAGCAAGACGCUGAUCUUGUUUCCAUCGCACGAGACGAGCUAGAGAGCGAGACAGGAAAACUUGAGUCCCUUGCGAGGAACCUCUCUGCCAGUCUCACCCCGCGCCAUCCUUUUGCCGAUUUUCCCUGCAUGAUCGAGUUCCGACCCGGCCCUGGUGGCCUCGAAGGCCGAUACUUUACCGAUACCUUGUUCAAGAUGUACAAGGCGCUCUGCAUGCGAAAAGGCUACCGUCACAGUGUAAUGAAGUACGAAUUCGCCGAUACAGCAGGCGACUCAUCCUCCUCAGCCGGCGAAAACCCACUCCAAGAAGCCGUCCUAGAAAUCCAAGACCAAGGCGCCUUUGACCUCUUUCGCAGUGAAGCAGGCAUGCAUCGAGUUCAACGCAUCCCCAGCACCGAAAGCAAAGGCCGUGUUCACACGAGCGCCGUCGCAGUAUGGGUUCUCCCUUCGUUUCCCGAGAGUGGUGCCGGCAGCGUCGACUUUGAAGAUCCGGAAAGCGACUUUUACGUCAACCCGCAGGACGUCAAGAUUGAAGCUAUGCGGGCUCGUGGUGCUGGUGGGCAGCAUGUCAACAAGACAGAGUCUGCGAUUAGGAUGACACAUUUGCCUACGGGGACGACGGUGUCGAUGCAGGAUCAUAGAUCGCAGCAGAGGAAUCGAGACGAGGCGUGGAAGAUGAUGCGUGCGAGAAUUGCGGAUCAGAGACGGGAAGCUAGGGAAGAGGAGGCUGCAAGGUUGAGGAACAGUGUGCUGUCCAAGACGCAGAUCACCCGAGGCGACAAGAUCAGGACCUACAACUAUAACCAGGAUCGAUGUACUGAUCAUCGAGCGGGCAUAGAUGUGCAUGAUUUACCCAAUGUGCUGGAAGGAGGUGAAAAGCUGGAUAGGAUCAUGGAUGGUGCAAAGGACUGGCUCGUGGGCAGGGACAUUGAGCUCCUCGUCACAGAGGAAGAAGCCAAAGAGAAGGAGAACAAGAACAAGAAAUAG